AUGUCCCCUGGAACAUUCGAGAUUAAAAAAUAUGACAAGCAGAGUCUCGACAGGCAGAUCUCCUCGGACGACGACCUCGCUGAUCCGGAACGUGCUGCGGAGUGGUUUACCCAGUUGGUUGACGACGAGCGGCUUCCCGAUCAGUUCGACUUCGCGCUGAAGAUGGAGUACUGGAUUGUAUUGAAUCCUGGUAGGUCCUUUGGGUUUCAUAACGAUACGGAUGAGAUUGAGAUGCUGUGUGUUAGAGCGUGUGUUCCAGAGCCGGACGGGAUUACGGAAGAUGAGAAAAGGGGGAAGGUGGUCUUCGAGGCAUCGGGUAGUGGAGUGGGAGAAAUGGGCAAGGUGGAAGUGUUUUUGGAGGUUCCAUGA